CUCCGUAAUUCCGCUCAGGAAUACAUACGAGUCUAAGGCUCUAAGCUCUAUCAUGGAUUUCGCUGCUUGACGGUAACAUCCAUUCUAUCACAAAACAAUGGCGGCAGCUCUGAAGACAACGCUGUCUCUCUUCUCAGUUCACGACCCUCUACCUCUUCCUUCCUCCUCUCGUUCUUCAAACACCCAAUACACUCCCAGACCGCUUCUUUCCCCUCCGUCAGUUAAACACUCCACCACCAGUUCCCUUUGCAUUCGCCGGAGCGGCCCAAUCAUUCCUCUCACAGUAGUCAAUCUCUCGAAAUGGCGACACCUGCGCCGGAGACCUCUCUGUUUAGUGCAAGAAGCGGCAGUGGAGACCGAGACCGAAGCCGAAUCAGAGCAAACCCAGGCGGUGAACCAGAAGAGGAAGCUCUUCGUGCUCAAUUUGCCCUGGUCUCUAACCGUUGUGGACAUCAAAGAGCUCUUCGGCCAGUGCGGGACUGUCGCGGAUGUUGAGAUUAUAAAGCGAGCCAAUGGAAAGAGCAAGGGUUAUGCGUUUGUAACAAUGGAUUCUGGAGAGGAAGCUCAGGCUGUUGUAGACAAAUUUCACUCUCAGGAUGUGUCUGGGAGAAUUGUUACAGUGGAGUUUGCAAAUGGACUUAAGAGGAAGCUUUCUCCAACGGAGACCCUUACUAGUAAAGAGACAUCUCACAAGCUUUACGCGUCAAACCUGGCAUGGAAAGUCAGGGGCAGCCAUCUCAGAGAGCUUUUCUCCGCCGAGUUCAAUCCGGUUUCAAGUCGAGUUGUUUUUCAAAGUAAUCCAGGAGGGAAGUCAGCUGGAUAUGGGUUCGUCUCGUUUGCUUCGAGGGAAGAGGCAGAGGCUGCACUCGCAGCUAUGGAUGGCAAGGACCUCAUGGGUCGACCUAUUCGCCUGAAAUUCAGCAAUCCGAAAUCAGCUGAUGAGUCAGAAAGCCAGGAGCAAGAGACGGAGAGCUUGGAGGAGCAACCAGAGGCGGAGAACAACUUGGAGGAGCAACCUGUGGAUACAGUAUGAAUAUGGUUGUCCAUUUUGGAAUAGAAAAACAGAAUUUUGAUGCAGUGGCCAUGUGAAGAAAGGAUUGAAGGCAUUUUCUGUGUGCCCUUGCUCCCAUUUUCUCUUUUACAUGGUGAGUUGUCCAAGCUAACACCUACACUUCCACUCUUCUUUUCAUCCUGCGGUUACGACGCUUGACCACAUAAGAAGAAUGUACUUGCUGCAUGAGUGGUGUAGAUGUCAAAUGCUAGUCAUAAACCUUCCACUGGGUUUCUCAUGAUGUUCCCUUUUCUUUUGAUAACCAUGUAGGAACACAUUCUUCCGAGUUGAUAGAUUCUGCACGACAGAACGGUCCUUCUAUGAACGUCAGUUGCAGAAUGCCUCUUCACCUCAAUGUAUUUGUAGUAUCUGUUUAGGCGUGUCUACUGUAGCCAGUAGUAUUGGAGACUUGCUCCUUCUGCUGUUACGUGCUUUUGUUUGAAUAUUGCAUUCUCUAUGAGUUGUUCCCAGCAAAGAAAUGGCCAUUGAAGCUGUAUAAUUCUUCUGAG